GUCCGCCCGUCGGGGCUUGAGCGCUGCGGCGCGUGCGCGAGCGGUGCAGCACCGGCCGCGGGAGCAGGCAGGGAGUAUUAUGGGCUGUGGGUGCCGCUGAGCAAGAUGGAGCUGUCUGCAGUGGGCGAGCGGGUCUUCGCGGCUGAAUCCAUCAUCAAACGGCGAAUCCGAAAGGGACGCAUCGAGUACCUGGUGAAAUGGAAGGGGUGGGCCAUCAAGUACAGCACUUGGGAGCCCGAGGAGAACAUCCUGGACUCGAGGCUCAUUGCAGCCUUCGAGCAGAAGGAGAGGGAGCGGGAGCUGUAUGGGCCCAAGAAGAGGGGACCCAAACCCAAAACUUUCCUCCUGAAGGCGCGGGCCCAGGCCGAGGCCCUCCGCAUCAGUGACAUGCAUUUCUCCGUCAAGCCGAGCGCCAGCGCCUCCUCGCCCAAGCUGCACUCCAGCGCAGCCGUGCACAGGCUCAAGAAAGACAUCAGGCGCUGCCACCGCAUGUCCCGCCGCCCCCUGCCCCGCCCAGACCCCCAGGGGGGCAGCCCUGGCCUGCGCCCGCCCAUCUCGCCUUUCUCGGAGACCGUGCGCAUCAUAAACCGCAAGGUAAAGCCUCGGGAGCCCAAGCGGAACCGCAUCAUCCUGAACCUGAAGGUCAUCGACAAGGGCACCGGUGGAGGGGGCACUGGGCAGGGGGCUGGAAACCUUGCGCGCCCCAAAGUCCCCUCUCGGAACCGUGUCAUCGGCAAGAGCAAGAAGUUCAGCGAGAGCAUCCUGCGCACGCAGAUCCGCCAUAUGAAGUUCGGCGCCUUCGCGCUGUACAACAAGCCCCCUCCGCCCGGCCCUCUGCCGCCCCCGCAAGCCAGCAAGGCCGACGUCGCUGCCUCCGCCGCCCCGGGGCUGCUCCUGCCAGCCCCCGCUGCCCCCUACGACGCCCGCAGCUCCGGCUCCUCCGGCUGCCCCUCGCCAGCACCCCAGUCCUCUGACCCCGACGACUCACCCCCCAAGCUGCUCCCCGAGACCAUGAGCCCAUCUGGCCCCGACUGGCGAGAGCCCGAGGUGCUCGACCUGUCCAUCUCUCCCGAGACGGCAGCCACCAGCAAGCGGGCACCUCCUGACGUCAGCGCGGCCGCCAGCCAGGCACUGGCCACAGCCCCUGAGCCUGUGGGUGCCUCCUCUGAGCCUGAGGCUGGGGACUGGCGCCCAGAGAUGUCACCCUGCUCCAAUGUGGUCGUCACCGAUGUCACCAGCAAUCUCCUGACGGUCACUAUCAAGGAGUUCUGCAACCCUGAGGAUUUCGAGAAGGUGGCUGCUGGGGUAGCAGGUGCUGCAGGUGGGGGUGGCAGCAGUGGGGUGAGCAAGUGAGGGGGCUCCAUCACGGAGGGGGCUUUGGGGGGGCCCUCCUGCCCAAAGUCAUACUCUUGCUCUCCCCCCCACCCUCAGACACCUCCGCCUGUGCUUUGCUUGUUUCAAAUGGCUGGUGUUGACCCCGGGAUGGGGCAGGGCAGUUGGAGCCUUCUGAAGCCCAGUGGGGGUCAGUCCUGGACCAGAUCAGGGCUGGGGUGGGACCGGGCACUGGAAGGUCCUCCCUCUUGCCAUUGGCGCCCUCCCCGCCCAUGCACAGUGGGGCCCACCGGGCGGCUCCUGAGGAGUCCCAGCACCCAGGGUUCAGCUGCCCCCGCCGCAUCCCACCCCGUCCCCCCAGUUUGCUUCCAGCUCUCCUGCGCAGUGUCUGAUUUCUCGGUGCUGACCCGGCGGCCUCGGACCCCUUGGAGGCCCCUCCCAGCGCUCGUGCUGUUCCUUUCCUUCCUCCAGACGCCUGGGCAGGGGGGGUAGGGGGGGCAGGGAUGGCGGAGCUCAGACGGAGGUUGGGGCGAGGCCAGCCUCGGCCCCUCCCUGCACAUCAGCGAGGGUGGCCGUGCCCAGAGGCAGGGGUCUCCUGCCCACCGUUGGAGGAGACCCAAGGGCCCCCUUAGGCCCCGCCCCACCUCUUCACUAGUUUCCAUCCGGAAGGUGGGGGGUGGGCAGGGAGCUGAGCUGGCCGCAGCCUCCCAGCACGAAAGGCCCCUUCAGUCCCCAACCAAAGGUGCUACGAGAACCUGCUGUGGACGCCUCCAGCUGUGCGCGCGUGUCUGCGCCCCGGGCGCGUUCGUGCAUGUGUCUUCACGCCUGGGCACUGCGCACCGGGUCCAGGCUUUCCGGCGGCUCCCUUUGGGGUUCUUCAGCACGGGGUCACCGAAGGCCUGGAUCCUCCCUUGCCGGCAGCUGGGCCUGUGGAGGCCGCCAGGCCAGUCCUUCCUGCCCGGGUGGGCAGGGGGCAUGGUCCCCGUGCCCUUCCCUUCUGGGGCGGUCAGCCUGACUGCCGGGCCUUCGGUGGCCGCACGCGUGGCAUGGUGGGGACUGAGGCAGGGAAGGGAGGCCCCCGCCCUGGACUUCCACCUUCCUCCCGUGUGCUUUGGGGGAAGGAGGAGGCCUGGAAGUGGUCUCGAGGGUCUCUGGCUUCUCUCCAGCCCUCUCUUUUGCUUCUGACCCUGAGGCUCUCUCACAGCCCAGCCUGUUCGAGGCGGUGGGAGGCCUCCGGGGCCCUGGGCAGCUUUUCUCCCUCUGCUGCCAGGGAGCAGAGGCCUCCGUGCCAGUGGCAGAAACCAAAGCCCCAGGUGGAGCCCGGGCCCCGGGAGGCCAGGCGGGCCGGGGCGGGGGCCUGCUGCGCGACAGCCUUGCGUGGCGUGCCCUGCCCGCAGCUCAGCGUGGCUCCCUGGGGUGUGCGCUGAGUGACGGGUCUCAGCCGGGAAGUGGGAAGCGUGGUGGCAGGAGGCAGGAGAUGACAGAAAGGGAAUCCGAUUGGGGAGCAGACUCCUCCUUCCUGAGUGUGGGAGGGCCCCUCCUGAGAGGCCUCCCCACCAGGGCUUCCGCCCAGCCCCACCCCCCCACCCCUAGGUGUGGAAUGAGGGCCCUCACAGGGUUUUGGGGGGCUGGCACUCCCGGACCCCUCUGCACCUGCCCUUUGUGUUGGCUCUGUGGCCGUCCAAGUGCCAAUUGGCUUCCCCCCAAAUAAGGGCUGGUGUUUCUCCUCUGUCCUCAGAGGCGAUUUCCCCCGACCCCUCACCCCAGGGGCGUGGCCGCCUGGGUGCCAGUUACAGGUGUUUCCAGAGACCAUAGAAAUGUGUUUUCCUGAGAGUCCGUGUCAUUCGUGACUUUUUUUGUAAAGAAGUUGUGUUUUCAGAGGUGAUUUUAUGACAGGAAAGUGAAAGACUUAGUUUUGCAAAAAACAAAAAAAAAAAGAGGAAAAAAAAGAAAUAGAAAAAAAUAUUGUGGGAUUCCUAUGGGGUUUGGGGGGGCGGGGAGAAAGCUAUUUAAAAGAGAAACUAGUGACGCAGUGAUUGCACAGGUGAGGUGGCAGUGUCGGGGACAGGAGCGGGGGCCCGGGCCCCGCCGGCGCGUCCCCAGGGCUGUGGCCGACCGCCUUGCUUCCGUGGUUCGAGGCAGCAUGAGCCCUCCCGUCCUGGGCCCGGACUCCACACCUGUCCUCCCUCCAAGGAAAGGAUGCCCACUGGUCCAGGGGGGCUAGCCAGAAGCUGCAGGGACCAAGCCACUGGAGCUGAUAUUUGGGGAGGUGGGGGUCAGCAGGGGUCCCCCCCCCCCAUCGCCAGAUGGGUCGUGGGUAACUCUCUGCAGGAAGGCUGGAGAGUAGGUGCAGUUGCUCCGUUCCUUUGCCAGCUUGUCGGGCCACCUGGUCCCCACCACCACCACCCCGUGGGGGGUUUCUCCCUCCCCAUCACCCCAAAGACCAUGAUGCCCCUGGGCUUCCCUGGCCGGGUAGUGGAUGCAGGCUCCAGGCAGACAGAGCUGUGGACCCCGGGAGACCCUUAGGUGGUGACCCUGUGGACUGAGGGUAACCGUGGGCAGGAGGGAGUGCCUGCCCCAGGGCCCAGACUUGCAGCCCCGCCCCACCGUGGCACUCUCGGGGACACGCGUGCACUCUGCUCCCACAGGGCCUGAGUGGGCACGGUGUCGCCAGCAAGCAGAGCCCCCCUCACCUCUCUCCAGAGUGGCUUGGAGCAGGGGCCCAGAAGCGCCCCCACACACACACACACACUCUCUUGCACGGAUCUGCCUCCCAUGGGCCCUUCCCCCUUGCUGCUUUUCCGUUUGCCUAAUUACCAAGCAGAAGUUGCCGUCUGGUUUGCUUUAUUUUCAUGUGUGAAACGCCCCCACAGCCCGAUCUCCCCCAUGUUAGGCCUUUGGUGGGGGCGUCAGUCACGGCCCCUCAUUGCCACGCCUCCUCAUCCACACGUCAUAGGAAACAGGUGAGGUCCGGUGCCUCUGGUUUGAGAUGGGAAGGCGGGCCCUACCCCUGACCCGCCCCCCCGACCCUCGCUUGCCCGUCUGUGAAAUGGGUGUAUCGGGCAGCAAGGCCUCUUCGUGGAGCACUGCCAGCAUCCAGGCAGCCACCGAGGGUCAGCAGUGGUUGAGGUUGCCGCCCUGGGCCUCCAGCCGCCCACCACUCCCACGGCCCCCUCUGGUUCUCACCCUGCAGCAGGGCCAGGGUCCAAAUGAGCUCCGUGCUUCUACUCCGGAAAGAGGUGACGAUCAAGCACCCAGCCACAGCGUGAGGUGGGCGCUGUGGGAGGGAUCACCCACUUACAAGACACAGACACUGGGUCUCAGAGGCAGAGCCGCUCCACGGGGUGAAGAGCCCGCUGCUCUGGCCUUUGGCCUUUUCAAAGCCCCUCUCACCAGUGGGGCCUGGGCCCUGGAGCCACCACUAAGCUGGCAGGCUGCCCCUGAGCCCCCACGGUCCCGGGGGAGGGGUCAGCCCAGGGUAGGAAACUUCGUGGGGAGGGCGGGUGGAGGCUGAGCCACGCCAGCCUUUGGCCUCUGGCGACCACGUGGACGCCCCACCCUCCCCGCCUUGUGGGGUCUGGUUCUCGCUGUUGGUUUUCGUUCGUUUGUUUGUUUUGCACUUCGCCCCACUUCAGACAGUGGAGCCCGGCCCCGUCAGCUCCACGGGCGCCCAUGCACUAGCCCGGGGCGGCCUCUCGGGGGCUUGUGUGGUUUAAGGAAUCACUUUUAAAAGGAAAAAAAAAAAAAAAAAGGAAAGUGUUUAAAGGUUUUUGUUUUUUUCUGUCUGCAUCUCCUCUCGGAUUCAGAAAAGCCCAGAAUUACAGCCUCCGGCCCCAGGAGAGGGUCUCCCCGGCCUGACCCCCAUCUUGCUGACAGUCACCAAGAUGCCACAAGGGGACAGGCUGGGUGGGGACUGAGGACCCCACCUCCCAGGCCCGCAGGAUGCCCCCCUCCAUCUUGAAGGAGUCAGCACCUCACUCCAACAGUGCGUGAGCGCCUACUGUGUGCAAUGCUUCCGCUAGGCAAAGGGGGGCCGGUGGCCCAAUGGGGGACCCUUUGCGAGAGGCCGGGGAGGAGGAGCAGGGAGUCCUGGGGUCUGCCCUGCUGUUGGCCAGAGUGGAAAUGGAGACGUUUUUGUUGUUGUUGGUUUUAAUUUAAAAACACAAAGGCCUAAAGAAAUGUAUCUUAUAAUUUUUUUUUUAAUUUUUGAAAAGCUCAUUUAAUGCAUUGUGCACGAAUGAAUUCUAUAUAUAUAAAAUAUACAUAUAUAGCUCUAUAUUUGGGGAGGGUGCUGUUUCUUUUCUCUCUGUCAUUUUAAAAAUGAAGUGGCGUUGCCUUCAUCUGUGGUCCAACCAUCCAGCACCCAGCUGGCUAAACUCUGCCUCCCGUGGUUACGGAGAGGACACUCGUGGAGAGGACACUCGUGGGGUCGGCGGGAGACCGGAGCAGACAGGCCGCCCGGCGUGCCGGGGUGCCCGCCCGCCCGCCCGCCCACCCCUGUCCCCGGGGCUGCGGGUGGAGAAGGUGGCUUGUUUCGGGUGUGGGUUUGGGUUCUGUUCUGGAUUCAGCUGUUUCUGGUCUGGGGGAGGGGGGUUCGUGCCGAUUCUCUCGUCUUGUACGUUCGUUCCGCUGCUCUUCAAUAUUGUAUCGAUGCCAGGAAGGGGGGUGAGAAGCCUCUUUCGCUCCCCAAAUAAAUUGUCACAUUCCGAAGCUAA